AUGUCCGAAAUCCAAUUUAAGAUAUCAUGUUGCUAUGUGGAUAGUACCUUGCACAGUGAUUUGCAAAAAUUGGAAACUCUCUAUCUGAACGACAACACAAACCUGUUAGAUUUGCCCACAGAACUGGCAUUGUGUUGCAACUUACAAAUCAUGUCUAUUGAGAAUUGCCCGCUGACCAAAAUUCCAGUCGAAGUGGUCGCCGGUGGACCGUCACUUGUGAUCCAGCCAGGUGAACUGCCAGUGGUUCACGAACCCGGAUGUUGGCUUUUCGUCCUCUCACUUUGGUGGUGGGAAGACACCUCCGCGUCACGGGAAGGCAUUGAGUAA